GACCAGAGCAGGCAAAUAAAACUCGCUGCAGCUAAGAAAAAGCUGAAGGAGUUUCAGCAGAAGAGCUCCCCUGCUAGUGGUGGAGGAGAAAAGGGAGGUGGAGGAGGAGGUGGAGCAGGGGCCAAGAAGAAGAGGAAGGUGAAGGGACUGAGCCAACACGAUGCACCAUCAACAGACAGAAACUCUCCGGACAAUACCUUUGCUGACUCGGAGGCCAUGGGGUCCUCAGUUCCCCAGCUGCUGGAGGACCCAAAGGGGGAGCCUGAUCACAGCUCACCUGUGUCUAACUCUGCUAGCGCUAACACUACUACUAACCCUGAGUCUGUCGGUCACAACACUGACCUGCAGGACUAUCCCGAUACCAACGGCAAUGAGAGUUUAACAGAGGAGAAUAGACCACUGUCUUCCACAGAGAGCCUGCGACAGCUCUCACAGCAACUGAACGGCCUGGUCUCUGAGUCAUCUGCUGCAUAUGUGAAUGGGGAUACUGCAUCUCCUGGCAAUGAGAGAGAACUGGAGAUUCGGAACCAGGAGCUGGCAGCCGCCCUGGAGUCCAGCAACCUAACAAACUCUCAGCUCAAUACCAAGCUAGACCAGCUGGUACAGCAAUCUCAAGGGCUCUCAGAUCAGCUACAAAAGGAGCGAAAAGAUUUUGAACAGAGAUUUUCAAGAGAGCAGGGAGCCAUGCGGGAACAAUUACAGGUUCACAUCCAGACUAUUGGUAUACUGGUAUCAGAGAAAUCAGAGCUACAAACAGCACUACAAUACACACAACAGGCUGCACGGCAGAAAACAGCUGAGACAGAGGAGUUGAAUAACCGUCUGCAGGCAACAAGGCAGAGAGUGUCAGAGCUGGAGAGAACUCUCUCCUCUGUCUCAACACAGCAGAAACAGUUUGAAAAGCACAACAAAGAGCUUGAAAAGGAGAGAGACAACCUGAGGCUAGAGAUGUUUAGACUUAAUAAUAUGAGUGAAGAGUCGAAGCAGCAGAACUCGGAGAUGUCGGAGCAGCUGAAGCUGAGUACCCAAGAGAAUGGAGCAAUGAGGCUGGAGGUGGAAGAUCUUCGCAAGAGACUUGAGAUAGCUGACCUCAUGUUGCAACAGUGCUCCAAUCAGUCAGAUCCCACCAGUGCCAACCAGCAGGUCCAGUUACUGCUGGAAGAGAAGCAGCAGCUGGAGGCACACAAUCAACAGUUGUUGGAGUCGAUUGCCCAGCUGCAGACAGAGAGGGACUGUUAUGCAGAGCAGAUUCAGGAGGAAGGACGUGUAUGGAAGGACAAAACAGAACAGCUGCUAACACAGGUGUCUUUGGUCGCAGAGGAGAGGGACAGAAACAUUAGCCGAGUCCAAGAACUGGAAGCCAGCAUCGCAGAGCUGAAAAAUGCUGCAGCAUUAUUGUCCCAGGAGAGAGAGGCUCGGGAUAUUGCAGAAACUCAGUCCUCGGGACCAUCAGAGAGUGAGGUGGCUCUGCAGGAGGCACUCAGCACUCUACAACAGGAGAAAGACGCUCUUACAGCACAGUACCAAGCACAGCUGCGAGAUAAUGAGCAGCUGAGCCGCCUCUGUGCAGAACAGGAGACGCGUCUGGGGGAGCUGGAGCGGCAGGUGGGCAGCCAAGUCCAGGAUGAAGGGGACCGCCGGCGCAUGUUGGAGGAUGUUCAGUCAGACAAGGCCACUAUUAGCCGUGCUCUCACCCAGAACCGGACACUGAAGGACCAGCUGGCUGAGCUACAGAACGGUUUUGUCAAACUGACUAAUGAGAACAUGGAGCUGACCACUGCCAUCCAGUCAGAGCAACACGUGAAAAAAGAGCUGGCUCGUAGAAUGGGUGAACUGCAAGAGGCACUGCACAAUGUCAAGGAGCAGCUGGAACUUAAAAGUAAGGAGACUCAGGCUCUGAUGGAGCAGAGGGACCAGGUAGUGGCCUACCUGCAGCAGUACAGUGCUGGCUACCAGACCCUGGCCUCAGAGAGAGAACAGUUCCACCGCCAGCAUCUGCAGCAGAUCCAGCUCAUGGACCGACUGCAGCAUGAUGAAAGCCAGGGCCGCUUGCAACUGGAGAUCAGUCACAAUCAGCUCAAACAAGCGCAGGAGCAUUUGGAGCUGUUAGCCAGAGACAAUGAGCAGUUGAAGGCUGAGGUGAAGGAGCUGCUCAACAGCUCAGCUCUUGCCUCGUCAUCUAGAGACCAAGGCGAUGGAGUGGAAAGCCAGUCCAUGCAAGAGAGCCCAAAGAAGUCCUCCUCCAUAGUUAUCCCAGAAGACUUUGAGAGCCAGAAGGAGAUGGAGGAGUUUAUCCGAGGAGCUUUGGCUCAGUUGGAGGCCGAGAGAGAUGAGGCCAGAAGGCAAUUGGAGGAAGAGCACAGGCUCCACAUGGCAGCCCGGCACCAGACCGCUGUGGCCCUCAGCCUUGAACACCAACACUACAGCCACAAACCUGUUCAUGACCACCAUCACGAGCAUCAUGAGCAUCACAAGCACGAUCACUCGCAGGGCCAACAUAGUCAAUGUGAACAUAGUCAUGAGCAUUCAGAAGGAGGAGUACCUGUGGAAGUUCAUCAGGCCCUGCAAGUUGCCAUGGAGAAGCUUCAGCAUCGUUUCACCUCCCUCAUGCAGGAGAAAGCUGACCUGAAGGAGAGGGUGGAGGAGUUGGAGCACCGCUGCAUCCAGCUGUCUGGAGAGACAGACACUAUAGGGGAGUACAUAGCCCUGUACCAGAGUCAGCGGGCCAUUAUGAAGCAGAAACACCACGAGAAGGAGCAGUACAUCAGCAUGCUGGCUCAGGACAAGGAGGAGAUGAAGAUGAAGCUGGCUGAGCUGCAGGAUCUGGUGAUGAGGCUGGUGGCUGAGAGGAACGACUGGUACAGCCGCUACACCGGAGCUGUGGCCGGCGCAGGCACAGUGAACCCAGACCUUCUUCCUGUCGGGGAGGAUCACGCUCACCCAGAGCACCAAGCACACACACACGUAGAGUUUAAUGCUGUCAGUGGAGCAGAAGCCAUGGAGGUCAUUCCUCUGUCGGAGCCCACCACAGACCUGGAAGCCUCCUCGUCCCAGACGCUUUCGACCGCGUCGGCCCACGCUGACUCCAAGUCCCAGGGGCCCAAAGAAGACGGCACAGCCCAGCAGAUCAUGCAGCUGCUCCAGGAGAUCCAGAACCCCCAGGGAGCACUAAGGUCACCCCACUUCCUCGGAGAAAACCCCUGCAUCCCCUUCUUCUACCGGCCUGAUGAACAGGACGAGGUCAAGAUCCUGGUGGUGUGAGUUGCGGGUGUGAAGGAGGCUGGUGUGUAUGUGUGAGAGAUAUUGGACAUGUCUUGAAGUCUGGGGAAUAUUAAACACCACAGUUUACCGUCUUUGUAGCUUAUUUAUCAUAUUCAUAAACACUUUGACACCCUGCAAAACUGGUCACUGGUCUUUGACCCAAUUACAUGAAAAUGUCCCCUCUCUGUUCUGUGCGUUGGCACUAAUGUGUGCAUGGUUAAAAGUCUUUUCUAUUUGUCGUUUUUAUGUUUUGGGGGUUGUUUUUGUCUAUGAUGCUCUUCCCAGAGAAGAGAUGAUCAGUAUUCCUUAAUGUAAUCUGAUAAGUCUCCUUACCACAAUUUUUAAUUCCCAUCCUUCCUCUCGUCUCCCGUCUUACACAUAAGUGCAAUAAAGGGGGCCGUAUAUUCUGCCUCCUCGCUGAUAAAGUACUUAAAGAGCUGUCAGAAAAUUAGCAGCGUGUUCGUGUGCAACUUAAUUUUAGUGCAAAUCUCAGUUUUACACAAUUCACUGUACAAAUGCCAAAAAAAAGAGCAUCACGUUUGAAUGUAAUAACGAGAAUAUUUACCUGUGUGUCUGUGUAAUGACGAAAUGUGAGGAGAGCGGAUGAUGGUGAAAAGGCGGAGAAGAGACGGAGAGUGAGGUGUUAAGUUAAGUCGGAAAAGAAACUCGGUGCACAUAAUAGCUUUUGAACUGAAGGCGCCGUUCUGUUCCAAAGUGAAGAGCUCGCUAGUUACAUGAUCAGGUUGGGGAAGGUGGAGGCCGGUGUCGCAGAUUGGUACUGUCCCUGAAACUACCUUUUCUCUACAUUGUCUUUUUGCUCCAAACACUGAAAAAGAAGUCGUAUGUUUGUACAGUGCGAAAUGUUAAUAUAUGUGAAACCUUUGUGUUGUGACGUCACACAUCCUGUAAGAGGAGUCACCACCGUUACAAAAAGGUGGUUUCUGAGUCAUUAGGGGAGAGAUGCAAUUUAGAGACCCCAUGAAGAAAAAAACUAAUCAGUCAAAGUUAUUAAGCCAUUUUUUUCUGAUUAGUUGCUGAAACAGUGGAGAAGCACAUCUUCACACUGUAAUUCAGAUAAAUAAUAGAGCUUGGGGUGCGGUGCCAGGGCCUGCUUUCCAACUAUUGUUUUCUGCUUUAUCUUUGCCAUUAGUGUGAGGAAGUUGCAGGAAGUUUGGUGUUAAAAUCUCUUCAUCUGCACUCAUAGUUCACCUUUCUUCUUCAGUUAUUCUACCCCACAGUAUCAUCACUCAAGUCAUGAAAAUCUAUAUAUAUAUUUAUUUCCUCGUCAGAGAUGCUCAUCCAUAACUGAGCUCUGACCUCUAUUUCAUGGGGUCUUUAAGUUUGUAAUCAAAUUGACACUAUUAAUAAGAGCCUGUUCUGUUCUGUUACGUUUGCAUGUAGUUCCACAUAUCAAAGAUGACUCGAUGCACAUCAUUUACAACUGGACUGUGAGUGUAUGUGAUGCGUGAGUGUAAUCCAGACCGUUUCCUCUUCAACCGAAGUCCCAUCUGUUUUUUUUUUUUUUUUUGUAGGGUUCUAUCGGAUAAUAUAAGUAUGAUUGCACUAAAACUGUACAAAGCUUCUCAUUCAGCUCUGUCCCCUCUGGCUGGUUGGACCGAUGACGGUUCUAUCAUAGAGCCUCUUAGCUGGCUUAAUAAUGUCUGGAGAAAAAGGAGAAUCCUAUGAAGCCUCUCUCUUAAGCUGAGGGUUCCAGUUGAAGCAAAUUGAAUUGAAAGUGUGUGUGCGUGUGUGCAGCGUUGCACUUAGAAUAUGAAGGAGGACGGUGUGUAAAUAUAAAUAGAAGGUAAAUUAAAUGAGAUUGCUCACUUCAAGAAGUCGUGAUGUUAUUCCCGAAAGAGAGGGACCAAUCAGAAUUUGAGAAAAUGAACAACUCUUUCCAAAACUGGAGGACAAAACUAAUCAGCUUUGUCAUGUUCAUAUUUUGACCAACAACACUUGAGUAAACCUCGUUUGGGCAUUAAAAGGGUCCCAAGAUCUGGACCGAUGUUUCAGGCUUUAAGAGAUGCUCAUAUUCACAAAUGUAGAUUGGAGGAUGAAUUGUUUGGCAUCUUCAUUGAGAACUACACAAUCACAGCUGAAUUAUUUUUUAUUUUUUUUCCAUUUCAGAUCAAAUCUUGGCAAAGGCCUCUGUUUUGUGAGAGUCUUUCCAUGAUUUGAAUAUGCAAGGUUAUGAGGGUCUCACUGUAAGUCAUACAAAAAAAAUAAAAAUAAAACACAAACUACUUUUGGAGGUAUUUUUACCCUCUUAUUUGGACGUCUUUUAAUUUUUAAGAUCCUCUUUGUUGUGUUCACUUUGAAGAAGAGUAGACAUUGGCGUCAAAUAUUAAAUUGCACGCUUGAUAUUUAUCCCUGAAAGCAACGGGACAGAAGGCAUUGGUGGUAUUUUAAACCUAUUAUAGGAAGCAAAAUGUAAUUAAAAUAUAAGGUAUGUGGAGGCCAUAUUUACUUGGUGUUUUUUUACAGGGAAAGUAAACAGCACUGUGUCUACCCUAAACCACAGCACUUUAUAAGUAAACGCUGUGGUUUCUCUCAUUCUUGAUUUUUUUUUUUUUAAUUCCUCGCUUCAUAGCAUUCUGUCACUUUUUUUGUUUCCUUUGAAACAUGCCGCAAAGUAUGAUUUUCCUUCAUUUUGUUUCUGGGAGUGGGCAGAGAGGUAAAUAUACAAUAAAAUCCUUGUAGUGUUGUUUCGGGGCUUGUAAAAUAACAAAUAAAACAACUUCCCACGCUUUCUAAUUCACUGUUAAAUAUGUUAUGCGUGAUUGAAAGAACUAGCAGUGAGAAAGCAUUUAUUGUCUUUACUGUAAGAGAGGUGGUGUAUAUACUGUAACUGUGUAAGAUAUUGUAUAUUCAUUAUGCCUGGUGUGUGGGGGGGAAGCUGCUCUGCCAUGUUUACUGGCAGCGUGGACUGCGUGUAUGUCUGUUAGUUCAGAGUCGGGCGUUGGCAGUUGGCUGUGAUUUAAUACAAAGAUUGACUAAAAAAAGAAAAUAUUAUAUUUAUUUGGUAUAAGUUAGUAUCUCAACUAAUCAGUUUUAAUGUAAAAUAGAAGUGACUGUUGGAUGGAAAAUAAUUAUUAUUCAGAGAACUGAUCUGUUUGAGGGCUGCUUCUGACAGAAGCUUACUGAUUUUUUUUUUCCUUGAGUAAUAUUUUCUCUCCUUCUCCUGAAUAAAACUGAUUGAGCGACUUACA